AGCCGCUGUUUGCGGUUGGCACAGCUUGUUGCCAGUGAAAGUGCUGCAAAGCUGGUACUUUCAGAUGUGGGAAUGGCAAGAUGCCACAUGGCACCGUCUGAACAGCAAAGACGCAAAGAUCCUGGAGAAGGCCUACUUGCAGGACCCCUCGGGAUGUUGGCCCUUGACUUUGGGACCCCAUGAGUCCUGCUAUCAAGUGGACUUCUUCGCAAUGAAACAACGUAGCCGCAAUGGACGUGUGAGGAACCUCCGGCGUAAGGAGGUUGCGGAGAUCCAUGUGGAACCACCUGAAGUCGUGGAAGCACCGGCACAGGCGAUUCCUGACGUGCUGCAAGCCGACAUGGGGCCUCCGCAGGAGAUCCUCCCGGCAGAGUUGCUGCUGCCUCCUGUGCAGGACUGGAGCCAGAAGGAGGCGAUGGAGGCCCUUGGCCAAGCCGAAGCGCUGGUGGAAGCCUGUCAGGCGCCAGUUAUUUCGGAGGAAGUCGUGCCGCCCGAGGCAUGGCAGGUGCCUAGCGACUUCGGCAGCCUCCAAUCCUUGCAGAGGUCCGUUGCCCUCGGCCGCGUGGUCCUGGU